AUGCAGCGCGGCGCGCUGUCCCCGGCGCUGAUGCUCAGCGCUGCCCCGGAGCCUCCGCCGCGCCCUCCUCCCGCCCUCUCGCCGCCGGGCCCGGGCCCCCGCCAUGGCUCGGCUCGGCCCGGUGCUGCUCCGGAGCCGUCGGGGGGCCUGGGCGCGGCGCUCGACAGCAGCCUGCGGGCCGCCGUGGCGUUCAAGGCGGAGGGCCAGCGCUGCUACCGCGAGAAGAAGUUCCGGGAAGCCAUCGGCAAGUACCACCGGGCGCUGCUGCAGCUGAAGGCGGCGCAGGGGGCCCGCCCUGGCGGCCCGCCCGCCCCCGCGCCCGCCCCCGCCCCCGGGCCCGCCGCCAGCCCCGGGCCGGCCCGCCUCAGCGAGGAGCAGCGGCGCCUGGUGGAGAACACGGAGGUGGAGUGCUACGACUCUCUCACCGCUUGCCUGCUGCAGUCGGAGCUGGUGAACUAUGAGCGCGUGCGCGAAUACUGUCUCAAGGUGCUGGAGAAGCAGCAGGGCAAUUUCAAGGCCACCUACCGCGCUGGCAUUGCCUUCUACCACCUGGGUGACUACCCACGCGCGCUGCGCUACCUGCAGGAGGCCCGCAGCCGCGAGCCCACAGACACCAAUGUCCUCCGCUACAUCCAGCUGACUCAGCUGAAGAUGAACCGGUGCAGCCUUCGGCGGGAAGACAGUGGGGCCGGGGCCCGGACUCCGGAUGUAAUCGGCUGAGGCCACCCCGGGGGGACUGUCCCUCUCCCCACCCUGCCUCCCCAUGUAACUGCCCCCUGACUCAUGUGUUCUGUGGUAAAGCACUUGUCACUGGUGACCAUAACUUUUGUGUGUG